UAAAAAUUACCCCAUAGUACUCCGUAUGAAAUAAAGAACGCCUCGGCCAAACUCACAACACAUUUCUGGUUUUCUCUCUCUAGGGUUUUUGCUCGCACUAUAACGAAAACAUGGCUUCAUCGAUUCGGAUUUUCGGCAACCGCUGCCGGAUUCUGAUGACCGCCGCUAAGAGCUCUGAUGCCUCCUCUACACCGGUUUCCGCCGCGAAAGGUAGUGGCCUAUCAAAGGGACUUCUGAAGCCGAUGAAGGUUUCUCCUGCUCUCGAGAAGUUCUUAGGUGCGUCUGAGGUCUCGCGCAGCGACGCCGUUAAGAAAGUCUGGGAGUACAUCAAGGCUGAAAAUCUUCAGAAUCCUGCAAACAAGAAAGAGAUCCGAUGUGAUGACAAGUUGAAGACCAUAUUCAGUGGAAAGGACACAGUUGGGUUUCUUGAGGUUGCUAAGCAUCUCUCGCAGCAUUUUCCAAAGGCCGCUUGAUGGACCUCUAAAUAAACCCCAGAAAGAAACAUUUUAGGGGCCUUUGGAGCAUAUAUAAUUGACUCUUUUAGACAUGCCAAAUGGUUUGUGUGCCUCCAAAGCUAGUUGUUUUUGCUUCUCAUUUUGGAUUUUGGCCCCAUGCUUCUUGUUAACCAUGUAGGGUUCUUGUUGUGAAUGGUGUGCACAGAUCAGAUUCCUAGUUUCUUUUUUACGCUACCUUAAUGAAUAAUGAUGAUGGACUUCCCACUUUUAACCAAAAUAUUGGUUAUUUUGAUUCCAUGUUAUGAUGUUAACAACUCAAGAAAAAAUCCGUCCAUCCUAUUGAAACAAAUAAGGUUGCUCGGA